ACGGUUCCGACACAGCAGUCUAUGUGGUUGGUAGGGUAUAAUUUCUCCUGCAAGAAGUGAAAACCCUGCAAAAACCCUCGCAUCAUAAUUUUUUAAUUUUGCACUUACAGCUCUGCCUUAAUCUCUAUCUAUUCUGUUCGAUUUUCAUAAAGAAUUUAGGGUUUUGAAACAGAGAUGGGUUUGACCAAUUUCAUCAUCACGGUCGCUGGUGUCAGCGCCGUCAUUCUUCUACUGAGGAGCGAUGUGAAGCAAUCGGCUACUAUUUUCAGGCGCAACGUCAAGCACAUCCGUCAGUGGCUCGAAGAAGAAUCCGCCGCUGCCUCCAAGUUAGACGAGUCCAGUUCAAUUCUGAAGUGGACAAUAGCCAGCUCUACUUGUACUGAAAAUCUUCCUGGGCUUCAGAAAAUGCAACACCCAAGGAACUGGAAUCAAAGGUUCAUAAAAAGGAUGCCCCCAAGGAGGACAAGCACUAGUGUCUAUAUUGAAGGCUUGCAUCUUAAGAGGAGGUUAAAGUCCUUUACUUACACUUGGUGGACUGCAGUUAAAAUAAGUCUUGAUUAAUGUCCACAGAUGUCCGCAUCUAAUUUUCUUAAAUUUUGUUAGCCUUUUAACUUGCAAUCACUUAAUAUAUUGAUUUUUAUCUAAUUAGAAUUAAAUUAUACUGAUAUUUUAAGCAUGUGGCAAUAUAAACUCAAUCUUAAGUGAGAAACAAUCUAACAGCUUUAUCUUUGUA